AUGGCCGGGAUCGAGACCGAUCCCGAGAUGAAGACGGCUCGUGUGGCUACUGAAGCUACGGUUGCCCCAACCGAGUUCCAGACGUACGAUGUCCCCCGCCCGGCUGGAUGGAUGUACAAGCGAUUGGGCGCUCUCGGCUGGUAUGCCUCGCCGAAGUUCCAGCUCGGCAUGGUCGCCUUUGUCUGUUUCAUGUGCCCCGGCAUGUUCAAUGCUCUGGGUGGGUUGGGUGGCGGUGGUAAAUCUGACCCCAGUCUAGCUGAUGACAUGAACACUGCUCUGUACAGUACCUUUGCUGUAGUCGGCUUCUUCGCUGGUACCUUUGUGAACCGUCUGGGUGUUCGCCUUGCGCUCUCCUUUGGUGGUAUUGGUUAUUGUAUCUACUCCAUCAGUCUCCUCGUUUCCGUUCACAAAUAUGUCCCUGGCUUCAACAUCUUCGCUGGUGCCCUUCUCGGUGUCUGUGCGGGUCUUUUAUGGGGUGCUCAGGGUACCAUCAUGAUGUCCUAUCCCGCUGAGCAGCAGAAGGGUCGAUAUUUCGCCUGGUUCUGGUGUAUUUUCAACAUUGGCGCUUGCAUGGGCAGUUUGAUUCCUCUUGGUGAGAACAUUCAUGUCAAGACCAACAAGAACGUCAGCGACGGUACCUACAUUGCCUUCAUCGUGCUCAUGUUCUUCGGUGCCUGUCUGGCCCUCUUCAUUUGCGACGCCGAUAAAGUCAUCCGUCCCGACGGUUCCAAAGUCAUCUUAAUGAAAAACCCCAGCUGGAAGACUGAGUUCGUCGGUCUAUGGCAAACCAUUAGCUCCGAGCCUUGGAUUCUUCUUCUAUUCCCCAUGUUCUUCGCCUCCAAUUGGUUCUACACCUACCAGCAGAAUGGCAUCAACGCUGCUCACUUUGACACUCGUACUAAGGCGCUGAAUGGAUUCCUCUACUGGUUCGCCCAGAUCAUUGCCGCGGCUCUGAUCGGCCCACUCUUGGAUAUCGAGGGUGUGCGCCGUAGAAUCCGCGCUCGCGUUGGCCUGGGUGUCGUGUUCCUCCUCACUAUGGCUAUUUGGGGUGGUGGUUAUGCUUGGCAAAAGGGAUACACUCGUGAAAGUGUCGCUGCCAAGGAUUUCACCCCGACUGACUGGACCACCCCGGGCUAUGUGGGACCUAUGUUUUUGUACUUCUUCUAUGGCAUGUACGAUGCCGUCUGGCAGGGCUUCGUCUACUGGCUGAUGGGUGCCCUGGGCAACUCCGGUCGUAAGCUUGCCAAUCUGGCAGGCUUCUACAAGGGUCUUCAGUCCGCCGGGUCCGCCGUCAUGUGGAGUCUCGACAAGAACGAACUAUCCUACAUGUCCGAACUCGCUUCCAAUUGGGGUCUCCUCUGUGGUGCACUUCUGAUCGCCGCCCCAGUCGUCUGGAUGAAGAUCCAGGACAGCGUCCCUAUCGAAGAGGAUUUGCGCGGCACAGACGAGACUCUUGAGGACGUCCUUCCCCCUGGUGCUAUUGAGCACAAGCGCGCUGGUGGAGACGCCAUCUAA